AAUGACUCACGGACAUUUAGGCCACUCACCACUCAGCUUUAAACACAGUCUGCUUGGUUAAGUAUCCCACGACCUUCAACAUUUCAAUUGUUUGGUGAGUGAUUAAGUUCUGUAAGAGAAGUUCAUACUGAGGAAAGCAACUGUGUUCAGUUCAAGGAAGUAACAACUGAGAUGGCACCUUUGAUGUUUAAAGAUGCUUUCUGGGGGUCUGAAUUCACUUGUCAUGCCGGGUAUGACGCUGUGAUCCAAAGGUUACGAGAUGGAAGGCAAAUGUGCAAAGAUGUGGAGGAGCUUUUAAAGAUGAGGGCACUAGCAGAGGAGAAGUAUGGGAAGGAACUGAUGACUAUUGCUCGCAAAGUUGGAGGACACACAGAGAUCAGCACCUUGAGAGCGUCCUUUGAACAAUUAAAAUCACAAAUCGAGAACAUUGGGAACUUUCACAUCCAACUAUCUGAUAUAUUGAAAGAGGAGGUGAAAAAGAUUGAGACAUUCAGAGAACGGCAGAAAGAGCAGAGGAAGAAGUUUGAAAGCAUCAUGGAGAAGGUCCAGAAGAAAAAGGUUUCUUUGUACAGGAAGACCAUGGAGUCUAAGAAGAACUACGAGCUGAGAUGCAGGGAGGCGGAUGAUGCAGAACAGGGGGCUGAAAAGACAACUGUUACAUCCAAAACCUUUGACAGGGCUCAUCACAGGGCCAAGCAAUGCAGACAGGCAGCCAGUGAAGCAGAGAAGCUGUACUUUACCAACACUGUUCAGCUAGAAAAAGUUCGCCAGGACUGGGAAGAAACACACAAAAGCACAUGUGAGGUGUUCCAGCAGCUGGAGGGAGAUCGCAUCAGCAUGCUCAGGUAUGCUCUCUGGGACCACUGCAAUCAUUUCUCCAUGCAGUGUGUCAAAGAUGAUGAGUUUUACGAGGAGGUGAGGAAAAUACUGGAACAGUGUGACAUCACGACAGACAACAACUAUUUCAUAGGGAUGAAAAGCACGGGAUCAAGGCCUCCAGAGCCCAUAUUGUUUGAGAGCUACUACCAGACGGAGAUGUCCAGGGACAGCAAUGGCCAAGCUCAUUUCGCAGGAGGAGGACAAGACAUGAUGAUGAGGUUCUCUGAUCCCUUUCUUGCAAGUUCUGUGAACAACAGUGUUGACAGUCUUCAAACUUCUCAAUCAGUACGGACAUCUACUGGCGAAAUUGAGAAUUCAGAUGGAGGAUAUGCACCCCUUCAGUAUGCAGCACCAUUGGCCACAGUUUCAGCUGAUGAAGACAGAUACAUUGUACUUUAUGAAUACACUGCGCAGGAAGGGGAUGAACUGUCUGUCAGUAGAGGGGACAUGGUCCGAGUGUUGGAGCAAGGAGAAGAUGGCUGGUGGAUAGCGGAGAAGAACGGGCUGACUGGACUGGUGCCAGGAAACUAUCUGGGCAAAAUCUGAACACACACACACACACACACACACACACACACACACACACAAGAAAUUAUACAGAUAAAUGCACACAGACAAAUGACAACACACACAUAGUCACACACCAAAACACAUGCAUAUGCUUUUAAUUACAAGCAAGAAUGCAUCAUGUGUCAAACCUGCAAAGACACAUACAGAAACACAUGCCACUUCACUCACACAUUCAUAUACACACACAUCUUUGUCAGGCUUCCUAUAUGAGUGCUCUUUACUCAUACUAAUCCCACCUGAUGUCCAAAAUUGUAGAUUUUCUGAACCUGAAUUGAAAAUGUAACAUCCUUUAGUAGGUUAUUUGAGUCAUUUACAAAGGUUAAGAAAAGUCUUCAUCAGACACCCCUUGCUUAUUUACACAGUCAAACUGCAGAAAGAUUUCUGAAUUGAUUGGUGGGAUUAUUUUCAUUACUUAUUGAAGAAUGAUAAACCAUUUGGUGUUAAAAAUUUGGAUGGACCAUUUUAAGUGGCAUCCAAUGACAUUGCUCUGUCAAAGUCACAUUUUCAAUGUGAGUCUGAUGAACAAACAAAAAAACAGUUUCAGUUGCUAAUAGUAGAGCAACUAUUAUUGUACUAGUGCAAGCCAGGCUCUGCAUGACAACAGUUACUUUUUUAUCAACAAUGUGAACUCUAAAUAUCAGACAACCGACGAUGAGAUAACUGUUGAAUAGAUUUAUCUCCAACUGAUAAGACAAUGUAGCUGUAUUGAUUGACUGAAGCACUGUAUUUGAUGUGAUAAAUCAUGAGUUGUCAUUAGAUAAAGUUAGGUGUGUAUGGCGUUAGUAAAACAGCCAUUUAAAUGAGCGCCUAUCUCUACAACAAAGAACAUAACUGUCAGCAAUUGCCUUAGAUCAUUACUGUUCAUUUUUUUAUACUUAUACUUGUCUCUCAGGUUGUAUAUGUCAUUUUUGUGUUUGUAACCUGGGGAAGAUAGAGGGUUACAACAUAUACUAUAUGUAAUUAUGUCUGGUGUUCAUAAUCUAUUUUGUAUGACCCCUGGAAAGAUCAUCAGCCACUGUACCAUAGUAGCACUAGCAGCUUAUGGAGCUCAAAAUACAAAAAUGUGACUGAUGAAAUGUCAAAUCAUUACUUCUGUUUGUAUGGUUUAACUGGUAACGUUUUCAUAAAUAAAAAUUUUCAUAUUCAA